CAUCAUCAUCAUCAUCGUCCUCAUCCGUCUCACUACAUAAAUCCACGUCUGGUCAGUGUUGCCAAGGAAGCGAGAAAUUAGUGCGUGGUGUUGGUUCUUUAAUACAUAGAACAGUAGUAGUAGUAGUAGUAGUAGUAGGAGGAGGAGGAGGAGAAGGAGCAGGACCAGGAGGAAGAAUAACAUAGUGAAAACAGGAAAGAUCACUUCAAUCAGUUUUUUGGCCUAAUUAACUUUUUUCAUCGUGUUUUUUUUCCAUCAAGAUUUGUAGUUUAUUUCAACAUCUUUAACUAUUUUUAUGUCUUGUUUUUUUUCCCCCGUUUCAUUUCCUUAAGCUCCUCAGUGCCACACGUUGUCGUCGUCUGGUAACGUUCCCGCGCCUGUCUGCCGCUUCGAACUUAAAAGAUUACCCGCGAAAGUUCAUGCGCUCGAAGUUUUCUCUUUCAGGAUGUUGCGGUGGACAGGAGACAGAUUCCCUUCCCCCACACGCCUCAUCCACCUCGUUCUGCGAGGUGGCUGAGCUCCUGAGCGCUCUGUCCACCGAGAUGGCGACCACCCGUGCUCGCCACCCGCCCACCCCCUCCCCCGCCCCCCUCGCCUCACCCCAGUCCUCCACCUCCAUCAACCUCACCGACAACCCCCUCGCCAGCGUCCCCUCCUCCAACCCCAAGGCGAGGAACGACCCCAAACCUCCCUCCCUCUCCACCUCCUCCUCCACCCCGGCCGCCAACAACGACCACUCGCCCACCAGCGACCCGACGCGGCCUGACGUCACCCAGUGCGACGCGGGGAAGACAGGGCAGGACGGGGCCGCCACCACCACCACCACCUCCUCCUCCUCCACCACCGGGGCCACCACCACCGUUCCCGCCCUGCCCCCCACCUCCGACCCGCCGCCCCCCUACCAGCUGGCUAAUCUCUCGUCAUCGGAAAAGUGCCAGAAGUGGACCAAUGGGAGCCCCGAGCCGGAGCGGGACACGUGGAACAAGAAGGUCGAGUUCCUGCUGGCCGUCGUGGGCUUUGCAGUCGACCUCGGCAACGUGUGGCGCUUCCCUUACAUCUGCUACCAGAACGGCGGGGGGGCGUUCCUGGUGCCCUACUGUAUCAUGCUGGUGUUUGGGGGCCUUCCGCUGUUCUUCAUGGAGCUCGCCCUCGGCCAGUACCACCGCAACGGCUGCCUCACCGUUUGGCGCCGAAUCUGCCCCAUGCUCAAAGGUUGGUGUCACGGCGCGGACCUCCCUGUUCCUGCCUCUCUCUGUCUUCGUUGUUCUUUAGUCAUAAGGUGCGUGUCCAUUCCGCCUGUUUGGUCUUGAAGGUGUUAUGUUUUCAAGGGGUUAUUGUGUGAUUUUGUGUGUGUGUGUGU